CAUUCAAAAACGCUUCAGCUACUACUUAUUCCAUAACGAAGGUAUAUAAAUGAAUAAAAUUUUCAUUUAUUCUCAGAUCUCGUUCGUUAGGUAGCACGUUUCGCUGGUGCUGUUCGCCGUUCACGUUUACUCGUACGUUUCGCGUAUCCGUAUACCUUCGUGAUUUUAUCGUACAUAAUUUCACCUUUCAUUUUUGAAAAAUGAACGGAGAUCAGGUACUGAGUAAUGGACUCAAUAUAUCCAAUAAAAUCACCGUCGUGUUGGGCGCUCAAUGGGGCGACGAAGGCAAAGGCAAGGUGGUUGAUAUGCUGGGUAAAGAUGUUGAUAUGGUGUGUCGAUGCCAGGGUGGAAAUAACGCUGGACACACUGUAGUCGUUGACAAUAAUGAAUAUGACUUUCAUUUACUUCCUAGCGGUAUCAUAAACGCCAAGUGCAAAUCUGUCAUCGGUAACGGUGUCGUUAUUUAUUUACCCGGGCUGUUCGAAGAAAUACAAAAAAACGAAGCGAAAGGAUUGAAAGGAUGGCAAGAUCGGCUGUUGAUUUCAGACAGAGCUCACCUGGUGUUCGAUUUUCAUCAAAAAGUCGACGGUUUACAAGAAUUAGAAAAAGGCAAAAAAUCACUGGGUACGACGAAAAAAGGUAUCGGACCAGCGUAUUCGUCGAAAGCUAACCGCAUAGGAUUACGUAUCGCUGAUCUAAUCGGAGAUUUCAAUCAAUUCUCUGAAAAGUAUCAAACCUUAGUACAAAUUCACACUCGUAUGUUCCCAUCGUUGGAAAUAAACGUCGAAGAGGAAUUGAAAAAGUACAAAGAAUAUGCCAAUAUCUUGAGGCCUUUGGUGGUCGAAACCGUAUCGUAUAUUAAUAACGAAUUAAAAAGUGGCAAACGUAUUCUAGUAGAAGGUGCCAAUGCUGCCAUGUUAGAUAUAGAUUUCGGAACGUAUCCUUACGUAACGUCGUCAAAUUGCAGCGCAGGUGGCGUAUGUACAGGAUUAGGAGUACCGCCGCAAGCCAUCGGUGAAGUUAUCGGUGUCGUGAAAGCGUACACGACUCGAGUAGGCGACGGACCUUUCCCAACCGAACAAAGUAAUGAAAUUGGCGAUUUCUUACAAUCAGUAGGAGGCGAAAUCGGAGUGACGACGAAACGAAAACGAAGAUGUGGUUGGAUAGAUAUUCCUUUACUGAAGUAUACCUCGAUGGUCAAUGGAUAUGGAAAAUUAUGUAUUACGAAGCUGGAUAUCCUGGACGGUUUAGAAGAAAUAAAGUUGGGAGUAUCGUACAGACUGGACGGUAAACCAUUGAAGCAUUUCCCAUCCGAUGCUUCGAAAUUAGCUCAAGUCGAAGUCGAUUAUAUCACGUUACCAGGAUGGAAAACCAGUAUCGAAAACGUCCGAGAGUACGACGACUUACCAGAAAAUGCUAGGAAAUAUAUCGAAAAGAUUGAAGAAUUCCUGCAAGUCCCAGUGAAAUGGAUCGGCGUUGGUAAAGGCCGAGACUCGAUAAUCAAGAUCAAAUAAAAUACCUACAAACUUUCAAAAAAAAAAAUUUGUUAUCAAUGUUUCUUGCUGGCAUUUUGUUAUUUAAUAUUUUUGUUUCUUCUUUUUUUUUUAUUUAUUAUCAUUAUCAGUGUAAUGAAUACGUAUGGUGCGAAUCUUUUAUGUAUUACGAGUAUUUAUGUGCGCAAAAUCCUGUGAAACCAUUUAAUUUAAGUUGAGUUCUGUGCUACGAGAUUAUUGAGUAAUCUGUUUAUAAUGUCGAAAAUGUAAGGAUGAGAUUAUGAUUGUAAUUUGUACAUUUCAUUUUUAUGUUUAAUUCAUUACCAUAUUUUUUAGGUCACAAUAAGUUCCAGAAAAAUACCAUUUAUAUAUUGUGCCAGUUGAAAUUAUAACCAUUGUUUGUAUUUGUGAAAACAAUAAAUUUCUUUUACGUUA